AUGCGCUGGGGCGAAGACGGAGGCGCAAAGGCGGCCGCGGUGGGCGAGAGGCGCGCUCCGCUCCCUCCCGGGGCGGGUCUGCCUCCCCUAGGACGCGGCGCGCUCCGUAGGUCCCUCUCGGACCCCUCUCGGACAGCCCGCGUCCGGAUUCGCGGGGGCCAUGGCUGGCAGCGCGAGAGGAAAGCUUUCCGGGCGUCCGGGGCCUGCGAGCGGCUCCGCAGAGGAGCGCGGCACGGGGGCCGGGUGGGUGGAGGCGGCCGAGGCUCCGGCAGCCAGCGCGCCGCGAACGCUCCUUCUCCUCUCCGCUCUUCCGCUGCUGCCGGGCGCGGACGAGGCGCCUCUUACUCUCCGGGACGUGGAGCGCGCCUAGCCGCCGCCAGGCCCUUGUCCGCCGCCUCCUCCCCUCGGGGGGCCGGUUGGGCAGCUGCAAUCGCAGGCGGCUCUUUUGUCUGCAGAGCUACGGGCAUGUCCGCUCCCUCCUGCAGCCGCAGCCGCGCCAGCGGGCCUGGAGAAGCCGCAUCCCGGCUCCGCUCGAGCCGAUCUCCCGCAGGAAGGCAGGCAGGCGGGCGGCGUUCGGCCCCAAGCUUGGCUCGCCUGGAUCGGGUGUCGGCGUCGGCGCGGGGCGCGCGGCUCCGGUUCUGCGGCGGCCCCUGGCGAAGCCGCGGCUCUUUAUACGGCCGCCCCCCGGCAUGCAACAGGGCUUCGUCCCCGGGCGCCCCCCACCGCGCGGGGUUGCCAGCGGCCCCUACGCAGCCUCCUGCAGCCGCCCCCGAGGUCCGGGGGCUGGGGCGCGCGGCAGCCCGGAUGGCAACGGUGGCAGCGGCGGUGGCGGCGGCUCAAGGCUGGGGAAUAUGGCUUCUCCUUCCGGGGUAGCCAACAUGUUGCCGUCCAGAUGUUGCUGGCUUGCAGCUUCCUUCAGCUGCAGCCAACAUGGCCAGUGCCCAGGGAUGGGGGAAAUUACAGUCCAAAACAUAUGGAGAGUCCUGUAAAAGGUUAAGUAUCAAGACCCCAAUAUAGAAAUAACGAGGUAGUUUAGACCCAACUGAGCCCCCCUGCACCGAAUUCCAUGCCUGGUUUAAGUCCCAUUGAAAUGUGUUCCUUCUUAUUUAGCCAAAGCAUUUAUUCCCCGCUCUCAGGGCAGCUGUCAAUGAGGCACAUUAUUUGCAACUAAGGCUGCAAUGCUAAACACACUACGGCAUGGACACAUUCCACUGAACUCAGCAGGAAUAGUUUUGGGUAAAGAAGUUUAGGAUUGCAGUGCAUGUCCCACACAUUUGAGUAGGACUUAACCAGAACAAACAUUUCCUGCUAUUUUUGAGAUCGCAGAAAUUUGCUAUUUACAACCCUGUCCUCAAUUCCACUGAGUUCCCAGAUAUAGUAGGUGUGUAUAAAAUCGCUGCCUUAAUUAAGUAUUUUGACUAAGCUUGACUCUUGUAAUGCAAAUCUCAGCACAGCCACACAGAUUUAGAGCAGAGUCCAGGGAGAGCUCAGUAAGGGAUCUGGGAUACAGAUGGUGACCUGUUAUGUAUUUAUUAUUACAUUUCUGUCCCAGCUUUCCUCCAUUCAUGGCACUCCCUCAUUGCAGUCCUGGGACAUGGAUGCUUGCAAGCGGGGAUGGGGAGACUGGGUGAGAAUGGAGCUUUACAUGCAUGCAUGCUUGUGUAAGCAUUUAAAAAUGUAUUUUAUUUAUUACUAGCAGCCUUGUACCUGUUGUUGCUUGGGAAUUCUAAGAAACCAAAAAAUCAGUGCAGUUUGAUAGUUCAUUCUGCCAUCUUGAUUCAAAAUGGUGUCCAAUUGUAUCCAAACAGAUGGAAACCUUCUCUUUUCUUUCUGGAACCAUCCUGCCAAAUUUGGUUAUGGUAUCUUAAGUGGUGCCCCAAAUGCAUAGGCAGACAACUUUCCAAAAUAUACCAUAGAUUACAUUACAACAUAUUCGGACUCCUAUCUCAGCGGCGUCUACACUGCCUUGGUCAUGUACACAGGAGGGAAGAUGGCAGGAUCCCCAAGGACGUGCUCUGUGGGAGCUGGUUUCAGGUACCAGGCCUGUUGGCAGACCAAGACUGCCUUAUGAAUAAAUAAGUCUGCAAACAUGACAUGAAGACUGGCAACAUGAAUCCCACCGUGUGGGAAUCCCUUGCCAACAACUGCAGCACCUGGAGACAGACAGGCUAUGUAUC